AUGUCACGGGAUGAACCCCCUUCAAUGCUAUUUUUCGAUGUCCUGGGGACAAUUGUGGAAUGGAGAUAUUGCAUUGCGAACGAACUGAAUGCCGCCGCACAAAAGGUUCUACAAGACCAAGCUCGAUCUCCGAGUCCCGAUAUGCGAGCACGUGUCUCUGAUAUGUCCGCUUCGAGCUGGCAGGAGAUCUCCGAGGAGUGGCAUCGCUCAUAUAUGAAUUUUGGAGACAACUACGAUACAUCUAAGCCCUUUAUGUCAGUAGAUGAGUACAACCGAAUUUCGCUGGAAGAUAUUCUCACCAAAUGGCGUCUCCGGGAUUUAUUCAACGAGGACGAUCUCAAACAUUUGACGCUCGCUUGGCAUCGACUUGACUCAUACCCUGACAGUGCGCCGGGUCUUUCGUUGCUGAAUACUAAAUUUUCGACGUCUACAUUAUCCAAUGGGAAUGUUAAACUUCUCGAAGACCUACAAGGACACAAUUCUUUGCCUUUCACGCACAUUACUAGUGCAGAGCACUUCGGGGCUUACAAGCCGUCGCCAGAGGUCUAUGAUGGUGCUGCUCGCAGAUUCGGUUUCAAGAAUUCGCAAUGUUGUCUCGUCGCAGCCCAUCUUGAGGACUUGCAAGCGGCUAAGAUAUGCGGAUUUCAAACAAUCUAUCUCGAGAGAGAGUUGGAAGAAGCUUGGGAUAGUAGAGACGUUGCACGAGCCAGAGAAGAAGGGGUUGUCGAUCGUUGGGUUGGAGUUGGAGGCUCGGGUCUGAUUGAAGUUGCUCGAUAUUUUGGAAUAGAAAGUGAAUUGUGA